GAGGAGUAAGAGGAGGAGGAGGAGGAGGAAAUGGAAAUGAGGCGCUUCUCCCGGCAGAGGCCGCGGCCUAGCUAGGUUGCCAUGGAGACGAGCCCGGCGCACACGUAGAAAGAGGCUUCCGAUCCGAGGACGUAGGCGGCUGGCUGGCUGGAUUGGACGGGACUGGGGAGGUGGGUUGGCGACGCGGGCGGCUUAGUCUGAGUGGGUCUCCCCCCAUCCCAUGGCCGCCAUGCAGCGGGUAGGGGGGCAACCACCACCACCACCAGCCGCCUCCUUUAUUUCUCCCAGCCCCGCGGCUUGCAAUGCCCGGGCUUAACCCCUGGGCGGCUGCGUGAAGAAGGAGCGGAGGAGGUCUGUGCAGGAGGCAAAGUGUGAAGGAGCUUUUGAGGCACAGGGAGAAUCGGCAGGAGUGGGACCUCUGCAGGCAGUCUGUAAAAUCUUUUUGAGAGGAAAAACCCUUCAGCUGAGAGAGAGCAAUCAGAGAACCCUGGGGUUGCCCGGAGGGUUGUGAGAGGGGAAUGCAAUGAAAGCUUUUCUGAAGAGUCCGGAUGGUAUUUUUGCACUGAGGCCAAAGAUAACCACAAUAGGAAGACAUGAAGAUUCAGACAUAGUCCUUAAGUCUCCAGGUGUUGAAGAUCACCAUGCAGCGAUCGAAUUCAGCGAGUCAGAAAACAGCUUCAUUCUUCGAGAUUUCAACUCGGCUCAUGGGACAUUUGUUAAUGAUUGCCAUAUCCAGAACGCAGCCGUGAAAGUGGGCCCCAGAGACAUCUUUCGGUUUGGCUCCAGUGGAACAACCUUUGAACUAACAUUAGAAAACACAUCUCAGGUUUCGUAUCCUCCGCUGAAUCGGCGGGUUGCCUGGCCCAGCCAGCUCCAGAUAGUGACGGAGAAGAAGGUCCCUCCAGCAGCUCCUUCCCAGUUCCCAUUCCUUCAUUCUCCGAAGUCCCCCCCUGUUAGCCGGAGCUGGUCUUAUGGCGGGACUGAGGCUUCCCCACAUCCGCCACUCCGGAAGAAACCCAUCAAUGCUUGGGGUAGAACAGUCUCCUCGCCUGCUUUCUCUCCUGAUGCUUUCGUUAGGCCUCCUGCAGUGAUUCCAGGAAAUGGAUCAUCUACUGGACCUUUGACAAACACUCAUCAAGGAGACAUGCUUCUCAAGGAAAAGGAUGAAAUAAUUUUGAAAAUGGGAAAUGAAAUCAGCCGCCUCACUGGCUACGAAAGCGAGUCCCAUCACAAAGAUACGGUAAUAGCAAAUCUCCAGGAGGAGCUGGCUGCACUGACGGAGAAGAUGGCAGGCCUGUCCAGGAGGGAUGCCGAAAUCAAUCAGAAGCUGGCGAGCCUUGACCAAGAUCUUGAAGCAAAGGCAGAAGAGAUUAAAGGCUUGAAGGCGCAGAUUCUUGGCUUGGAGCAAAACACCAGUGAAGUCUUGUAUCAUUCCGUGUCUGAACGAGACCUGCAGAUUGCACACUGGAAGCAAGAGAACGAGUCUCUGAAGAAGAGCCAGUCUCUGACUACAGGGCUGGUGACCAGCUUGCAAAAGGACAUUACAUCAAAGGAGCAAAAGAUCCAGCAGCUGAAAAUGGAGGCUGAUAAACUAAGGAGAGAAAGCAGAGAGAAGGACAGCCAGCUUGCCCAUGUUUCUGCCCAGUGUGCUAGAAUUAAAGAUGAACUGAAGCGUGAUCUCCGAGACAAAGAAAUAAGUGCAUAUCAGGAUCAUAUCAGUGAGCUGGAACUGCAAGAGAAGAGGUCCGAAGAAGAAAUUCAGAAGUACCGUAGAGAGCAGGAAGCCUUAUCCAAGAGGCUUGCCGAAAAAGCAAAGGCUGAAGAGGACCUGAAGCAAGAGUGUGAGAGGCGAUCCCAGCAGCUACAAGAAAUGGGGCGCCGGGAACGCCUCAUCAGGUCAGACAUGGAGCUGGCAGGAAAUCAGCUGAAACUGUUCAGAAACCAAGUUACGGAAGUCCUCUUUUCGCCACUUUCGGAAAAGCCGGAAACAGACCAGGAGAUUGUUGAGAAGAUAAAACGUAUUCAGGAGACCAACAAGGAAUUUCACCAGAGCGAGAAGUUGCUGAGAGAGGAAAUAUGUCUGAAGAACUCUGAAAUGAAGGAACUGUCUGAAAACGUUGAGCUGUUGAAACAAUCUUUGGAUGGAUUUCAGGCUUUCCUGGGAACGUCCUACAACAGCAGCAGCUUGAAAAAGGAGAUCUCCAACCUUCAGGGUCUGUGCCUGCCUCCCCCUGCUUCGGAGGUCCAGGCCUCAACUGCUGAAGUCCUCUUCAGUCUGCUGAGCUGGGUGGAUGCAGUGGAGCGUCUCCUGCAGGAUGUGGGCCUCGCUGUUUCUGACUCUGACCCAGGCAUGACAUCGUACGUCAAGAAACUGCGGGACAAUCACUGGGACGCCAUGAGCAGGCUUCAGACGUUACAGACUCAGCUGAAGCUGGCAGAGGAGUCUCACCAUUUGCUCCUGGAGGAAAAACUGAACGAACUCGAAGAAAAGCUCAAGGAGGAGUUUCAGGACAAAGAGAGAGCACUUUUGGAGGAAGAGAAGGAAAAAAGAGAGAUUCUGGAGGGGGUGGCUGCCCUGGUGAAAGCACAAUCCAAGGAAGCUGUCGAAGAACUAAAGAAAAGGGUCCAGAAUUUGGAAAGUCAGAUUAAGCGUUUGACUGAGGUAAUUGAGCAUAAAUCCAAAUCAGAGGAAGCUUUACGUUCCAAGUGGACAGAGACUUUGGAGAGUUUAGAAGUGGCUAAGAGGAGAAAGACUAUGGCAGAAGAGAAGUUAACUGUCUGGGAGAAACGUCUGAAGAGCACUGAGAGUGCGCAUGAGAUACAGAAGCAGAGGCAUCGGGCGGAGAUAGCAGAAUAUAAGGAACAGAACAAGCAGCAUUCGCGGACAAUCGUAGAUUUGGAAAGCCGACUGUUGGAAGCUGUCCAGCGGGUGAAGAAGGCACAGGAGGAAAGUCUGACACUUCAGAAGCAAAUAGAUGAUAUGCAGACAGAUAUGCAGACAGAAUCUUGCAAAUCAUUACCAUCCCAUUUCCCAGAGGUUUCGUGCUCAGAAGAAUCUCACGUUUUGAUGAAGGAAGAAUUAGUCGCUGCAAAGCAAGAGAUCCUCUCCGGGCAGGCUGUCAUUUCGGAAUUAAAGAAAGAACUCUCAGAAGCCAGAGCCAGGAUGUCCGAUGUGAUUGGCGAGCUCAGUGAAAACCAAAAGGUGGAACUGGAGCAGAAGCAAAGUCUUGUCCACAGCCAAGCUCACGAACUCAGUGAGCUGCGAGAGAAGCUGUACAAGAUGUCCCAGCUGGUAGACCAGAAGGAUGCCGACCUCAAAACAGCCAGCGAAGAAUUAAGGAGCAGCAGAGAAAAACAGAGAGAGGUGAAGACCGAGGCAAAAGGCAAGCCAGUCAAAUCUGAGAAAACUCUUCAGCACAAGAGUAUCCAGACAAUGAGCCCCUUGCCAGACGAGGACCCCACAUCCAGUAAGGGUUCUGUCUUGAACCUGGCUGACCAGGGUGCGAAAUGCAAAGGCUCCAGACACGAAGAAACCAUCCUGCGCCAGAAAGACGCCCUGGCUGAUCUCCGGAAAAGAGUCAGGAUGCUAGAAAAACUUCACGCUUUGGGAGUAGAAGAGCAAGUCUCCGAGCCCCUGAUAGUCCUAAAGAAAGGCCUCGUGGACAAGAGCGAGCGGAAGGCUGAGAACGAACCGGUGCUGUCGCUGAUGGCAAGAGCCGACGUUAAUACGCUUCAAAGCAGGAUUUCCAGCAAAGAUCCCAAUGUGACUAUAGAGAGGACGGCAAAGCUGGAAAUGGCGGAUGCUUUAGACCUCAGUGAAAACAUGUACCUCAGCCUGAUUCAGGACCUUGCCAGUCUGAUGAACGUGAAAGAUCUGAAGGGUAUGCAGACCCUGAAGCACCUUCGCCCGGAUGAAAGGGAGAAGGUGGGGAUGCAGCGGCAGAAGGACCUGGAGCUGCUCUUUGACAAGAUCAGCAAGCUGAAGAGUCGGAUUGAGAGGAAAGAUGGGAUCCUGAAGGAGUACGAGAGAGACGUCGGCCAGUUCAGGGUCAACGCACUUGCUCUGCAAGCGAGCCAGUCCGAAAUGGCCAAAUUAUCCGACAGGAUCUACCGAGAAGCUGAAGAGAACACUUUGCUCAAGGAAGCUUUGGAGAGGACGAAGUUUCAGCUGACCCAGGAGAAGAGGCUGAACAGGGCUAUUAAGCAGCACAGGACAUCUGCCCCAAAGAAGGCAUUGCCUGAAAAUCAGAAGACCGUGGAGAGACUAGUGCAAGACUCUAAGAAGGGAGCAGACCGCCGUGUCUCCACGAAGGAGGCCCACUUUCCAGAUCCCUCUGCUGACUAGGCAUAAUCCUGUUACCUGCUUGCCUGGUUCUGUACAUGUGAGAAAUACUGCAACUUUUUAUAAAACAUGCCAUGGUUUUAUAA